GUUCGGCAAGCAUAAAAAAAACAAGAUUCAUCUCACUAUUAAUUCGACGCAAGAGUAGAGAUGGUGCUAAUCAAUUCUAUUCAUUUUUAGAUGAUACUCUUACGUUUAUUAUUAUUAAUUUGUUUAACCAAUGCAGCAUUUCUUUCUUUUGAACAUAAUUCUUAUGAUUUUAAUAUAUCCGAAUCCGCACCCAUAAAUACUACAAUUGGUUUCGUUAAAGCUGCAUCAUCGUCAUCAUCAUCAUCACUAUCAAUUCAAUAUGAACUCUAUGGUGAUACAAGUAAAACUUUUUAUUUAAAUUCUUCAACUGGAGAAUUAGUUCUUUUGAAUUCGUUGGAUUAUGAAACUAUUACAAUGUAUAAAUUAACAAUUGAAGCACGAAUAUCAUCCACAAUUGCUCCUUGUUUUAGUGAAAUAAAUAUUCAUGUUUUAAAUACAAAUGAUAAUUCACCAGAUAUAAAUCUAAUGUUUUAUCCUUCAGUUUUAUUCGAAGGAAAUUUAAUAAAAUAUGAUUUAAAUGCAAAUUCAACACUAUUAGCAACAAUAAAUCUUAAAGAUCUUGAUGAAUCAACAACAAAUUUAAGUUUAUCUAUUAAUGAUACCGAACAUUUUCAAAUACAAUUUGUUCGUCAAAUUAAAAAUGGUCUCAUAACUGAAUCAAUCUAUAUUUUAUCAACGAAAAAUAAUUCACAAUUAAUUCAACAAGAUUAUUAUUAUUUAUCAUUGAAUUCAUGUGAUAAUGAUCAACCAGCAUUAUGGACAAAUCGUUCAUAUGAAUUUCAUUUAAAGCCAAAUGAAAAUCUUUGUUAUUUUAAUCAAACAAAUUUUAUCUUAGAUAUCAAAGAAAAUCUAUCUAAUCGAACAUUAAUAUUAAAUAAAAUAACAAAUGAAUUUUGUCAAAAUAUGUUUUAUUCAAUAGAUGAUCAAGAAAAUUUUUAUAUUGAUUCACAACUAGGUGAUUUAUAUACAUCAACAAUAUUUAAUCGAGAAGAACGAAGUAUUUAUAAAUUAAAUCUUAAAGCAAUUGAUCAAUAUAAUAAAGAAAUAAAAACGCAAUUGAUUAUACGAAUACUUGAUGAAGCUGGUCAUAUACCAUUUUUAAUACAGAAAAAAUUGAAAAUGAAUCGAAAAGAAUUUUCAUCAAUUGAUUUAUUUAAUUCAACGUAUUGUCAUUAUCAAACGAUGAUUUAUGAUUAUUUUCAAUUAUUAUCAAACUGUACACUUGUAAAAUUAUCAUUACCUGUUCAAGGAAAAUAUUUAUUUUAUAUUCAAUUAAAUCAAAAAUAUAAUUAUGAAGAUACUUUUCUACUUGAAUUAACGACAAAUCAUACUGAAAUAUUUAUUUAUGCAUUUCUACAAUCACAAUGGAUGAUUAUAAUACCUAUUGGUUUAGGAAUUUUUAUAAUUCUUAUUUUUAUUAUCUGUGCAGCAAUGAUUAUUCGAAAACGAAGAUAUAAUAAACUGCAGCAUAAUAAACAAAAGUCAUCAUUAUCUUCAUCAUCUUUAUCCCACAGUGAUGACAAUGUUCAUAAUAAAUAUGAUGCAAUUUCGACGUUAUCUAAAUUAAAAGUGCACGAUGAUCAUGAAUUAUCACCAUCACCAAUAAGUGCAGCGAUAUAUUUAGUACAAAAAUCAGCAUCAUCAAGUCCAACACGUGAUGAUGAAGGUUAUUCUGGUAGUUCAGAUGCAUCUGAAAAUCCUCUACCAAGUGAUACAACAAUUAUUGCUGUUAAUCAACUAGUGGAACAAUAUCAUAUACAUGAAUUUCGAACUCGAGAAUCUAUAGCAUCAUCAACAUAUGAAGUACCUAAACGAAUAAAUACGUCGCGUGUUUCACCCGAUGUAUCACUUGUAUAA